ACAAGUUUCUUUCUCCAAAUUGUGACUUUGUGAACGGUACCAGUCAUUCAAAUGUGCCAAUUAAUCCAAUAUCAGAAGCUGCUACAGGCAAUCAUGGUUAUCAAACAGAUGGGGCUACUGGCGGAGCAAGUUUUGAGGAGAGUGCAAACGUAUAUACUCAACACUCUUUCCAGGCAGUGUCAACUAGCAAUACGGCGUCUACAACUUCAAGGUCCAUUACUCACAAAUACCCGAAUUAUAAAACAGUUCAAAUCCGACUGGAUUCUUUUGAUGGAUGGACAAGUGCAGAAAUAAUAGAACCGAUUGUUCUAGCCAGUGCAGGAUUCUUCUUUGUCGGCAUGCAUGAUUGUGUCAGGUGUUUUUCAUGUGGGGGCGGGCUGCGAAACUGGGAGUACGGUGAUAGUCCGUGGGAGGAGCACGCGAGGUGGUUCCCAUGGUGCAGAUUUCUGAUUGAGGAAAAGGGACUUGAGUUUGUACGGCAGUAUCAAGAACUUCAAGUAGAGUCUAACGAUGAACUUCCAAAAGAAAAAAUCAUAUCUGGAGCAGAAAUGUUAAAAACCUUAGAAGAAGAUAAAAUUCUCACAAAUCAUCCAACUGAUCAAAAUGGUGAUAAAAAUGAGUUUGAAAGAAGGAUCACAAGCAACAUAAAGGAGCAACUGAAUGAAAUGGGCCUUUCAUAUUCUUCUGAACGAAUAAGACAAGAAAUAAACCGACUUAAAGAUAUAGAUCAUCAGAUUUUAACGACAGAAUUUGUAAUCACAAACCUUAUUGAUAAUGCUGAAAAUUUGUUGGAAAACCAUGAACCACUUGAUGUUAACAAGACAGAAGAAAGAAGUCUAACAACUAAAAGUGUUUCAAUCGAUAACACUCAAACAAACAAAGAAACUGAUAACGGAAAUUUACCAAACGAUUCUGAUGUAUUACAAGAGGAAAAUACGAAACUAAAGAGCCAGCUGCUAUGUAAAAUUUGCAUGGAUAGCGAUUCUAACGUGGUCUUUAUCCCGUGCGGCCACAUGGUCUCGUGUGAGAAAUGUGCCCCACAUAUCCGGAAAUGUGCCGUUUGCAGAGUGCUGAUUAAAGGUCGUGUUAAGGCGUUUAUGUCAUAAUGUUAAAAUGUCACGUCAAGGCGCUUAUGUCUUAAAGUUCAUGUCUACUGUUGUUAAUAAUUGCUUUUGAUAUUGUUUUAAUUUUAUAAGAUUUAAAAUUAUCAUAUGUUUUUUUUCGUGCCAAACGUUUUCUUAUUUCGUUUUAAAUGAGUGUUGCAUAGGCAUAUGUCAGAUGCAUAUUCCUUAGAAGUAUGUAACUCUUUAUGUAACGCUUAUAAGAAAUUUGUCAGAUACUUUUCCUUUUGUACAUUCAUUUAACUCGAGAAAAGUUUUUUUUUCUAAAUUAAUUAUCUAUUUUUCUAUUGAGAGUUUAUCCAUAAUGAAUGAACCUUUUUUUUUAGACAUAUCGGUUGGCUAUUUUUUAACAUUAAAUCGAAUAUGUAUUUACUUUUAUCUUUAAUAUUCAAUGUAUUAACAUUUUUCGGUGCACAUUUACGAGAUUGUUAUUGCCUGUUUUAUACAAAUAUAUAUAUAGUUAUUUUAUACAUAAAAAGACGUAUCUAGUCCACAUACAAUUUUCUUUAAAGAUCUAUAUAUCUUAUCGAUAUUUUCCUCCUUUAAAAAACCUUUGAUUUUGUCCUAAUUCAAAUGAGCAGGGAAAACGUACUCUUAAAGCUAUAUUAGUAUAAUGCCCCAUCCCAAAAUGUAUUUUGGAAAUAAUAUUCUUGUACCUUGAAUAGAUAUUUAUGAACCAAAUAAGUUGACUUGUAAGUAUAGAAAGGGCACCAUACACUGUAUAUUUUAAAGAUAUAGCUUAUCAAAACCAAACAUUAUUUUGCAUUAUUCUCGAUGGUGUACUAAAUGUAAAUUAACUACAUAAACGCCUUUGAUAAUGUAAUUAUAUUAACUAAAUUACAGAUUGAUAAUGAUAUAUUUAUACAUGUAUUUAUGUUGAAAUCAUUUAUUGUUAUACAUACUAUAUACAAUCGCUUUUUGUAUUGUUUGUAUUGUAUACAUUUUUAUAAAAUGUUUUUCCGUUUUUGAUAAGCUUUUAAUGAACAAAUUGUCUUUCCUAUAAUUUGUCUAAUAAUUAAGAAAAAAAAAGAAGAAAAAAAUAAUAAAAGCAUAAAAAACAAAAAAACAAAAACAAACAAACAAAAACAAACAUAAAAAAAACAAAACAAAGAACAACAACACAAAAAAACCAGCAAACAAACAUUUUAUAUGUGUGAACAUGCUGAGCCGAUAAAUUAUGUAAGUGAAUAUCCGCCUAAAGUAUAUCUGAAUGUUAUUAAUCAAUGUAUUGCAUUCUUAUUCAUACAAAUAAGAUUUUUCCUCUAUGAAUAUUGAUUUAUAUACAAGAAUGCAAAUUUUCAAAUGUAUGCCAUUGUAAGGAAUAGUAAUGAAAAUUGUUAAUGCAGAAAUAUUAUCAAUGACAAGCUUUUGUGAAGUAAAUAUCCAAUCAUGCUUUAUAAUAGUGUCAAAUUAUUAGCCGUUUAUGCAAAGUGAAAACUGUUUGUAAAUUUUGUUAAUAAAAUAUGCUUUAUAUGAUUAUUAAAAUCCAAUGCUUACGAAUGUUGUUGACUAAAAUUUAAGGAAAUUUUUGCCUGUCCGGUCAGACGAAUACAUUACAUGCAUAUAUUGGAAAUAGCAAAUGUUUUCUAAUAAUUAUAAUACAUUUAUUAUAUUUUAUGUUAAAUCAAAUAAAAAUUUAUGUGUGCUUGUUGU